CAAGCUAAUCAUCGUUGGGAGGGAGGGAGCGUCACCUAUAUGAGGAGAAGUACUCCUGCUUGUUGAUACCAUUCAAGACAUAACAGGAGAACCGGGGGGCAUCCAUCAUCGACGUUUGCGUCUUGUUUGUAUAUUUUUCAGUAACUCCUAUGGUUCAAGAAUCAUCGAUUGCAUUAAGAACUGCAACGAACAGCAUCAAGAUGAUGAAUCGUCGCGAUUGUGGCGACGCACUGGCGCCUGUUGAUGUCUCCUCGCGGAGUAAAUUCAUUUCUCCGCCAAGAGUAACCGUUUAUACCCUUGCCAGUGACGUUAUUGGAGAGCUAGCGGUUUCUAUUGGUGCUAGAAGCUCUCUAUAUGAAGAUGCCGAUGUCUCUGACCUCCUUGCAACAGUAGCGGUUCAGGACGUUCGCAACAUCGCUGCCAAGUUUUUUGAUGUCGCGUGGCAACACACGCGGGUUCUCUUUGCCGAUGAGGACGUAACUGAUCAAGCUCUUCUGAAUAUUGAUACGACCGAACUCGACGGCGAAGAAGCCCAACAAAUUUACGCAGGUGUCGACAGCGAAAAAUCUUCCUGGCUGAAAGCGCUACAGGGCCUGAAGAAAUUUCGCUACCUCAGCUGGAGAGACAGGGGAAGGACGGGCGCCGAAGUCCCGCGCUGGCGUUUUCAUCGGUAUGAAGCCAGCUGCGAUCGGAUAGUUUGCCAGUGGGUUUGCAAGCUGCUUCAGGACGAAGAGAGGACCCCUCGGUAUAUCCUCGAGGACAUUGAGAUUCUGAAGGCCGCUUUUCAGCUCGAUCAUGAAGGCUGCAUGCGCCUUUCAGUAGAUCUGCAAGACGAGAUUUUGUGGAGCCGAUCCUUUUUGGAAGCCCAUUGCGUAGGAGAGGGUGAUUCGUGCCGUGAGUGGGCUCUUCGAUUCUGUUACCUCAAUGCGGAACGGCUUUUCGACGAGUUUCCUGAUUUGGCAGUUGUAGUCAGUGGUGCUGUUAUAAAGACGGAUGUGCUUGCAAACGAGAUGUACGGCAUGAUGGAUUUCGUUGGGAAAUUCGUAAAAAGGCUCACACUCCGAUCCCGAUCAGGAGAUUCAAUCUUUUUCGACAGCUCCAGAGAUCCAAAUUUUUCAAUCAGUGGUGCCAGCUGCCGUGAACUCCUCCUGUCGUGUUUGUCGACGAAUGGAUGGGUCCUCAGCCAUUGCGAUGACGACGUGCGUCGCGAUAAGGAGCUUACUCUUGCUGCUGUGAGGAAUCAUGGACUUGCUCUGGCGCAUAUCUCGGAGGAGUUGCACGGCGACGACGACGAGCGUGAUCUGGUGUUGGCAGCAUGCGCUCAGGACGGAGAUGCAUUUGGAUAUGCGAGUGCUCAACUUCUGGACGAUCGUGACUUCGUGCAAAAAGUUGUUCAAGUGUCUGGCCGUGCCCUUUUUCGCUGCUCUCGCGAGCUUCGGGAAGAUCGCGAGCUUGUGGAGUUGGCAGUGCGACAGGAUCCCAACGUUUUCGCUGACGUUUCAAAGGAGCUUCGACGAGACCAGGACCUCGCGAAAGUUGUUGUAUCACAGGAUGGAAACCUUGUCGACGCUGUGA